GCCAGAUCCUUUUAGAAACUUUUUUUUCCUCUCUUUUCUCAACCAAAAAGAUUUUAUUACAUUAAAAAAUGGGUGGAGCUAAAGCAAAGACUUACAUGGGCUGGUGGGGCCAUAUGGGUGGACCUACCCAAAGAGGUGUUGUUACCUACCUUUUAUCUCCCUUUGAACAAAAGCCUUUUGCAGGUGCUGCCCACAACGCUGUUUUCAACACUGCUCGCCGUGUCACCUCUCAAGUUCCUUACGUUGGUGUCGCCUUUGGUCUCGGUUACUUUAUCUACACUAGCGCUAAGAGCAGACAUGCUUACCUCACUUCUAAGGCUGGCCAUGCUGCUGAAGGUGGUGAUCAUUAGAUUGAAUGCAAUUAAUAUACGCAGACAUACAUACACAGACACAUACACAAACGCACACACAUACACAAACGCACACACUGUAUACGCAGCACCAAGCAAUAAAAAAAUUAUCGAUCUA